UAAAGAGGAGAGAGCGGAGCAGGGCUGAACAAUAGAGACAGGCAGACGGGAGAGAAGGAGGACCAGCUGCUGCUGCUGCUGCUGGAGAAGGAGAACCGGAGGCUGAGGCAGCUUGAACCCCUGUCCCCGAGCCAGAGAGGAGGCGAGCAGCCCCGCCGAGGGAAAGGGCUACCAUGGGGGAGCCGGCAGAAGGCUCCCCCAGCCCUCCCCGAGCCUCGGCUUGAAGCUGGGCAUCAUCUCCCCCGGCUCCGCUGCCCCCAUCCCGCACCAGCCCGUUCUCGAAACCCCAAUUCCUUGGGAUCUGAUCGCUUCUGUCUCUGGGCACCGGGUCCCCGCCGCCCUCGCCCUCGCUCCCAAGGAGGAGACGAGACGCCGGCCCUCCGUUUCACUUCCCGGGGGCUGCCCGCAGAGCCCCCUCCCCAGUCAUGAACCCCCCGGAGGGGGUAGCGGAGGAAGGAGGAGCCGCCGACUCGGACGUGGAUGCGUUUUUCCGGACAGGUUCUUUUCGAAAUGAUGGUUUGAAAGCUGCUGACGUCCUCCCUAUCUUAAAGGAAAAAGUGGCCUUUGUGUCAGCUAGUACUGUAACAGAGACAGAGGUAGUUGGACCCAGUACCAUUUCUUUAUACCCCAUAGUGGAUCAUACCCAUGUUAGACUGGAAGGCAACAUAGUACAUAUGAAAACCUACAAAGCCUUCACAGCUCAGGAUGUAGAGGUGCUCAGGAGAAGGUUUCCCAAGUACUUCCUAUCCCCAUACAAAUCGGCCAAAGAAUUAAAGAGGACAUUCAAUCUUUAUAAUCCUAAUUUUGCUGAUGUGGAAUUUUUACUAGAUGAAUUUUAUGCACCAUCUGAAAAAGCAAGGUUUCUGGAGGAAACCAGGACAAAUGUUAACAUCAUCUCAUGGCCCACAGAGUACCAAGACAUAGGAGUGACAUCAUAUGCUAACAUGCGGUACUUGCUCCAAUCUGCAGCACUUGUUGCUGAGAGCAUCUCAAAAAUGACUGAGGGGUGCCCAGGCACACGGUUCUCUAUGUACCUGAUCUUGGCUGGCUCCGUCCUCCCCCAGGUGACCACAACACUGGAAGAAGGGCUAGCUGAUUCUGUGAUGGCUUGGUGUGAGCUGCCCUUCCCCCUUGUCCCCACUGGUGUGAGUGACUUGCCCCACCUCUCUCUCCACAGUGAGGACGUGUGCAAGCGAGGCUUCACUGUUAUCAUUGACAUGAGGGGCUCCAAGUGGGACCUCAUCAAGCCCCUGCUGAAGACGCUUCAGGAAGCCUUCCCUGCUGAGAUCCAUGUGGCCCUCAUCAUCAAACCCGACAAUUUCUGGCAGAAGCAGAAAACCAACUUUGGCAGCUCCAAGUUCAUCUUUGAGACAAGCAUGGUGUCAGUGGAAGGUCUGGCUAAGCUGGUAGACCCCUCCCAGUUGACUGAGGAAUUUGAAGGCUCCCUUGACUACAACCAUGACGAAUGGAUAGAACUCCGGGUCUCCCUGGAGGAAUUCUUCAACAGUGCUGUUCAUCUGCUUUCUCGUCUUGAGGACCUUCAGGAGAUGUUGGCCCGCAAGGAGUUCCCCGUGGAUGUGGAAGGUUCUCGGCGGCUCAUCGAUGAACACACACAGCUCAAGAAGAAGGUGCUGAAGGCUCCUGUGGAGGAGUUGGACAGGGAAGGGCAGCGGCUACUUCAGUGCAUUCGCUGCAGUGAUGGUUUCUCUGGCCGCAACUGCAUCCCAGGCAGUGCCGACUUCCAGAGCCUCGUCCCCAAGAUCACCAGCCUCCUUGACAAAUUGCACUCAACCCGGCAACACCUGCACCAGAUGUGGCAUGUACGCAAACUCAAACUGGACCAGUGCUUCCAGCUACGGCUCUUUGAGCAGGAUGCUGAGAAGAUGUUCGACUGGAUCAGCCAUAAUAAAGAAUUAUUCCUCCAGAGUCAUACGGAGAUCGGAGUCAGCUACCAACAUGCCUUGGACCUACAGACUCAGCACAAUCACUUUGCUAUGAAUUCCAUGAAUGCCUAUGUGAACAUCAACCGCAUCAUGUCUGUGGCCUCCCGCCUGUCGGAAGCCGGCCACUAUGCUUCCCAGCAAAUCAAACAAAUCUCCACCCAACUGGACCAGGAAUGGAAGAGCUUUGCAGCCGCCUUAGACGAGCGCAGCACCAUCCUGGCCAUGUCAGCUGUGUUCCACCAGAAAGCUGAGCAGUUCCUUUCAGGAGUGGAAGCCUGGUGCAAAAUGUGCAGUGAAGGUGGCCUUCCAUCUGAGACACAGGACCUAGAGCUGGCCAUCCACCACCACCAGUCCUUGUAUGAGCAGGUGACGCAGGCCUAUACCGAGGUCAGCCAGGAUGGCAAAGCCUUGUUGGAUGUAUUGCAGCGGCCCCUGAGCCCUGGUAACUCUGAGUCCCUCACAGCCACAGCCAAUUACUCCAAAGCUGUGCACCAGGUCUUGGAUGUGGUCCAUGAAGUGCUGCACCACCAGCGAAGGCUCGAGAGCAUCUGGCAGCACCGGAAGGUCCGCCUCCACCAGCGGCUGCAGCUCUGUGUGUUCCAGCAGGACGUGCAGCAGGUGUUGGACUGGAUCGAAAACCACGGUGAGGCCUUUCUCAGCAAACACACAGGUGUUGGGAAGUCCCUGCAUCGAGCCCGAGCCCUGCAGAAGAGACAUGAUGACUUUGAAGAAGUGGCUCAGAAUACAUAUACCAAUGCGGACAAGCUCUUAGAGGCAGCUGAGCAGUUGGCGCAGACUGGAGAAUGUGACCCAGAGGAGAUCUAUAAGGCAGCUCGACACCUGGAAGUCCGAAUCCAAGACUUCGUGCGCCGGGUGGAGCAGCGGAAGCUUCUCUUGGACAUGUCUGUCUCCUUUCACACGCACACCAAAGAGUUGUGGACAUGGAUGGAGGACCUGCAGAAGGAGCUGCUAGAAGAUGUGUGUGCCGACUCAGUGGACGCCGUCCAGGAACUAAUCAAGCAGUUCCAACAGCAACAGACGGCCACUCUGGAUGCCACUCUCAAUGUCAUCAAGGAAGGAGAAGAUCUCAUUCAGCAACUCAGGGACUCUGCAGUGUCCAGCAACAAGACGCCUCAUAAUAGCUCCAUUAGUCACAUUGAAUCAGUCCUUCAGCAGCUUGAUGAGGCCCAAGUGCAGAUGGAAGAGCUUUUCCAUGAGCGCAAAAUCAAGCUGGACAUCUUCCUGCAACUCAGGAUCUUUGAGCAAUACACCAUUGAGGUGACGGCAGAAUUGGAUGCCUGGAAUGAAGACCUGCUGAGACAAAUGAAUGACUUCAACACUGAGGACCUGACUCUGGCCGAGCAGAGGUUACAGCGUCACACGGAGCGGAAACUGGCCAUGAACAACAUGACCUUCGAAGUCAUCCAGCAGGGCCAGGAUCUGCACCAGUACAUUAUGGAGGUCCAGGCUUCAGGCAUCGAGUUAAUCUGUGAGAAGGACAUUGAUCUCGCAGCCCAAGUGCAAGAGCUCCUGGAGUUUCUCCACGAGAAGCAACAUGAAUUGGAGCUGAAUGCCGACCAGACCCACAAGCGUUUGGAGCAAUGCCUACAGCUCCGGCACCUCCAGGCUGAGGUCAAACAGGUCCUGGGCUGGAUCCGCAAUGGGGAGUCGAUGCUUAACGCCAGCUUGGUCAAUGCCAGCUCUCUGUCAGAAGCUGAGCAACUUCAGCGGGAGCAUGAACAGUUCCAACUGGCCAUCGAGAAGACGCACCAGAGCGCUCUGCAGGUGCAGCAGAAGGCAGAGGUGUUGCUCCAGGCUGGGCACUACGAUGCUGAUGCCAUCCGCGAAUGUGCCGAGAAGGUGGCCAUGCACUGGCAGCAGCUCAUGCUGAAGAUGGAAGACAGGCUCAAGCUGGUCAACGCCUCUGUGGCCUUUUACAAAACAUCGGAGCAGGUAUGCAGCGUCCUGGAGAGCCUAGAGCAGGAAUACCGGAGAGAUGAGGACUGGUGUGGUGGACGGGAUAAAUUGGGGCCAGCAGCGGAGAUCGACCAUGUCAUUCCACUCAUCAGCAAACAUCUGGAGCAAAAGGAGGCUUUCCUCAAGGCUUGCACACUUGCCCGCAGAAACGCUGAAGUGUUUCUGAAGUACAUCCACAGGAACAACGUCAGCAUGCCCAGUGUGGCCAGCCAUACUCGGGGACCUGAGCAACAAGUGAAAGCCAUCUUGAGCGAGCUCCUUCAGAGGGAGAACCGAGUACUACAUUUCUGGACCUUGAAGAAGCGACGAUUAGACCAGUGCCAGCAAUACGUGGUGUUUGAACGCAGUGCCAAGCAGGCACUCGACUGGAUCCAAGAGUCAGGAGAAUAUUUCCUCUCAACGCACAGCUCCACUGGGGAGUCCACAGAGGAGACUCAGGAACUGCUGAAAGAGUAUGGGGAAUUCAGGGUGCCUGCCAAGCAAACAAAGGAGAAAGUGAAGCUUCUGAUUCAACUGGCUGACAGCUUUGUUGAAAAAGGUCACAUCCAUGCCACUGAGAUCAGGAAGUGGGUAACUACGGUGGACAAGCACUAUAGGGACUUCUCCCUGAGGAUGGGGAAGUACCGCUAUUCACUGGAGAAAGCUCUGGGAGUCAACACUGAGGAUAAUAAGGACUUGGAGUUGGACAUCAUCCCAGCAAGCCUCUCAGACCGUGAGGUCAAACUACGGGAUGCCAGCCAUGAGGUCAAUGAAGAGAAGAGGAAAUCAGCCCGGAAAAAAGAAUUCAUCAUGGCAGAACUCCUCCAGACAGAAAAGGCGUAUGUAAGGGAUUUACAUGAGUGCUUAGAGACAUACCUGUGGGAAAUGACAAGUGGCGUGGAAGAGAUCCCUCCUGGGAUUCUUAAUAAAGAACACAUCAUCUUUGGCAACAUCCAGGAGAUCUACGAUUUUCAUAACAACAUCUUCCUCAAAGAGCUGGAGAAGUACGAACAACUGCCUGAGGACGUGGGACACUGCUUUGUCACCUGGGCAGACAAAUUCCAGAUGUAUGUCACCUACUGUAAAAACAAACCUGAUUCCAGCCAGUUGAUCCUGGAGCAUGCAGGCACCUUCUUUGAUGAAAUCCAGCAGCGGCAUGGACUGGCCAAUUCUAUCUCUUCCUACUUAAUCAAGCCCGUCCAGAGGAUCACCAAAUACCAACUGCUCCUGAAGGAACUUUUAACCUGCUGUGAAGAAGGGAAAGGGGAACUCAAGGAUGGCCUGGAAGUGAUGCUCAGUGUUCCAAAGAAAGCUAAUGAUGCCAUGCAUGUCAGCAUGUUGGAAGGAUUUGAUGAGAACCUGGAUGUCCAGGGGGAGCUGAUUCUCCAGGAUGCCUUCCAAGUAUGGGAUCCCAAGUCUCUGAUCCGGAAGGGGCGGGAACGACAUUUGUUCCUCUUUGAGAUCUCUUUGGUCUUUAGCAAGGAAAUCAAAGACUCUUCAGGGCACACAAAAUAUGUUUACAAGAACAAACUACUGACCUCAGAACUGGGUGUGACCGAGCACGUGGAAGGCGAUCCCUGCAAAUUUGCCUUGUGGUCCGGGCGCACACCUUCCUCGGACAACAAAACUGUAUUGAAGGCCUCCAGUAUCGAAACUAAGCAGGAGUGGAUCAAGAACAUCCGAGAGGUGAUUCAGGAGAGGAUCAUUCACCUGAAGGGUGCUUUAAAAGAGCCGAUACAGCUCCCUAAAACACCAGCCAAACAGAGGAACAAUAGUAAGAGGGAUGGAGUAGAUGACAUUGACAGCCAGGGGGAUGGGAGCAGUCAGCCGGACACCAUCUCCAUCGCUUCAAGAACCUCUCAGAACACUGUCGACAGUGACAAGGUUAUGUAUCCAUCUCAGCUUCAUUUCAUCUAUGUUACCAAACUCUGGUCACAAACCCAGCUUUAUUCCCACCUCCAGGUCGUGAUCAUGUUGCGUGAUGGUGCUUAG